GAUGCCACUGUUUUGUUUGUAGGCACAUCUCCCUGCCUUUUCCCCUUUUUUCCCUUCCUCAUCUUCUGGGACAUGAGUGCAUGGGUCCCCUUGCCCCAUUAGUCACAGAACUGGGCUGAACUGGCCCCAAACCAGUGACGAGCUGUCACUCAAUCUCCUGGAUGGUUCUGCUGUUUGAGCAGGGCCAGCUGCACACUGCUAACCCCUCUGCUUCUGCAGAACCCAUCAGAAGUGCUCAGUGAGCACCUGUUGGGUUGUGCUCCGUGUCCAAUGCUGAACCACUGGGGUGGAGUCACUCCCAUAUAUCAGACAUGGAGACAUCCAUCAGUGCUGACCAUAGAGAGUCUGAAUAGUACAGGUUCUCUUUCCAGGAGGUGUAUGGUCUAAUGGGGGGAGGAAAAUGGAGUUCUGUGAAUAGAAAGAUUGCAUGCAGGGCUUCGGUAUCCAGCUAUUGUUAAGAUGUAUUUGAGAGCUGGGAACCCCAUGGCUAACGGUGAGCUGGAACAAAUCAAGGACAGGAGGAUGGACACGCUCCACAGAGAGCAGGGUUCGCUCUGUGCUAACAGCAAGCCAAGAGGGACACCGUGCUGGGGUGCAGAAAGACCCAAAGGAACAGAGCUGAGCAGAGCAGAUCAGUCAGAUGGCUGUGGGGUGGUGUCUCAGGCCUGUCUUCUGCAAGAACACAGUUGGAAUUCCUUUAUUUUAGGAACAGCCUCUCCAGAGCAAUAAGCAGCUUGGUAAUGGAGACAUCCUAGAGCCCAAAGAGAGGACCUGUGGCAUUUAAAAGAAAAAUGAGCCAAAGGACUGCUGGUGUGUGGAGUGCAGUGAGUUGGGAGUCAUGUGCUGGUCAUCUGCUUGCCUCAGCGUUGGAGGGAAAUAAGAAGUAUGGUUGGGAUAAUCAGAAGCAUGGAGGAAUCUCCUUUGAAGAAAGAUGAAAGUGAAUGGGGUGUGAUAAAGCUGAGUAAGAGGUAAUUUCACAGACGUGUAUCAAAGGAGGAGUAUGCUAGACAAAGCUGAGCAAUAAUCGCCGUUCUUCCUAACCCCCAGCAUGUCUCCCCAUGACAUGAACAAGAGGGGAGGCAGAUCCUAUGAAAAGAUUAUCGUCAUCAUCUUAACUUAUACUGUGUUUUACUGUGGGAAUCAUCAUCCCAGGAAUUAAUUUAAUUUCAACAGUUUGGAAAGUGAAUCGACGCGUAUAAUUAUCGAGCGCUACCGUCAGCUAUGACAACAAUUCGGGAAAGGGAAUUAAACCUAGUGAUUCAGAGCUUAAAUUAAUCCUCAGGUUCUGAAAGGUCAAUGAACCAAGGUGUUUAUGAGGCCAGUUUGCUGCUCUCUGCUCCCUGCAGGGGCUGUGGGGCCUUGGAAUGGUGGUGAACAGCAGGGCUCGUAUGGCUGGGCACCUCUGUGCUCUUGUUGGAGAGCAGCAGUCCCCUCCCAGCACAAACCAGCACAGCUCCUGUCCCUUUCAUUGCUUCACUCUCCUCGUGGGACGGCUCUGGCCUCCAUCCCACAGCUCCCAUCUCUGCUCCCUUCCCAUGACUUCUUCCCAACUGGUUCCUAUCUAAUGGCUGAGCGCUUCUUGCUCAUUUUUAGCCAUGUUGAUGGCACCGUCAGUAGAAACGUGCUGUGCUAGAAAGAUGCCUUCUGCUGCUUUGUAAAUAUUUGUAUGGAGAGCAUACCUCCUCGUGGAGGGCUGCGUAAAGCAGUCGUGGUUCCAUAAACACAGCAGACCUCUUGAGCACACGUCAUGGCCAUGGGGGCAGAGCCUGCAGGUCAGGAGAGCCAUCAGAGCAUGGGAUCUGGGUGGGUUGCUGGUGCUGCUGGUGGUUCACAUGGAGAGGGAAUGCCAGGACAGUAAGUCCAAGUGCUGGACUCCAUGUUUAAGCUGUUGCUUGCAGGGAUUUCUCUGCUUCAUUGCGUCAUUCACACCACAUUCUGCUCUUGUUAAAGAUGGAAUAUUAGUCUGGAUUGUUGUGUGGUCCUACAUCCCUUUCUCUUUCCUCACUGUGGCUUUUUGAUUGCUUCGUAAAUCCCACGUGCUGCGCUGCGCAGGGCGUGCGAUCCUCACUGCAGUGUCCAGAAAGCAGCCUGUGAGCUGCAUUCCUUUCUCCUUAUCUCCUGCUCCAGCACUUAAGAUGUGACUCCAGCCUGGGUUGUGAGCUGUGAGUGCACAGGAAGAGCUCCCAGGCAGCGAGGGCUGUAAACAACACAGCUAAAGGACUCCCUGCUCUCUAGGCGGACUGCAGGGAGGAUGCUCUUUGCAUUACGCAUGAGAGGUAUUUACUAAUAAACGUCAGCAUUUGGGACCUGGACCACCUUUCUCCUGGUUGCUGAGAUGCAAAUAGUGCUGCCAAUAUGAGACUGAAUGAACACAUCGUGCCAACAGCACAGGAAAAGAAAGGGAAAGUUUCAAAAUGUAUCGGGAACAUUGCUCACAGGCUGACUUCAUCCAAACUGUGGAAAAAACCUCAAACCACCAAGAAGCUCUUACUGGUCUGAGUCAGGCACCCUGCGUUCUUAGCAAGCAAGCUGACUGAUGGAGGUAAAAGUUGAGGAGCUGGGAGCUCAAAUGUCUUUGCUCAGGGUUGCUGCAAAAGGGCUGCCCAGUGCCUUGCUCUGAGAAAUGAGAUGAGCAUCGGUGAUAAAGAGAUUUAGAAAACAUGACCUAUGGGGAGAGGUGGGAGGGAUUAGUGCUGUUUAGUCUAGGAGGGAUGGAGGGGGCAAAGAACUCAGGGCUUUGAAAAUGAGGUCUGCAUUUUGGAGAGCGUCAUGGGGAGGCAAAGUGUGCCCCAAUUCCUCUUCCUUUGUCAUGCAGUGUGUGGAGGCAGGACUGUGCAGAACCCUUCACCUUUGAUCUUGCUCAAGAGAAUCCCACCAGGGCAACUGUAGUUACUUCAUAUGUUUGCAAAUGCUUGCUUCGAGUCUAGGAAAUGCUUCCCGAUUUCGGAAUGUUUGGCAGUAGGACUUAUUUCUCUUCCCCCCCCCUCCACCCCCCACCCCAGCCUGGCUGGGAAAGCCCCUCUUUUUGGUCAGUGACAUAAGUGGUGUUUGCCUGUUGUUUAUUGGCAUCUGGUUCAGGGGAAGAAACACGAUGCAAGUUGCUGCAGUGGGAUGAAGUGAGAGAUGCUGGCUUCCCACACACCUAGCCCUGUCCCCAGCUCCCACCACGGCCCCGUGGCAGCUGCAGGUGCAGGUCUGUCUGGAGCCUGUUUGGACUGCUGGGUGGAAUGGAGUGGAGCAGAGCAUCCCUCCCAGCUGGGCUGCAUCUCUGCAGCCUCGCCAAGGAAUUCUUCCCUUUAAGAGACAGCUCAGGCAUGAAUCCAUGUGAGGCUCAGAACAAGAAAAUCUGAUCUGCCUCCCACAUGCUCAUGGCUGCUUUUCCAGCAGCCCUUCCUCGCUGUCCCACAAGCAGGGGACAGUGACUGCCCCGCAGUCAUGGUGGCUGGGAGCAGGGCAGCAGCCUGGCAAGGGAUAGAGCUGGGGCUGGCCAAGGAACAGCAGCAUCCUCUGCUCCUGCUGUGUCCCAGACCAGGAGAUGCUGCAACCCUUCCCCAGGCCUCUCUGCUGCUGCCAGCAUCUGGUCUUUGGGAGAGACCCAUUGAGAGGCCUCAGACACGAGGAAUGUGCGUAGCUCCUGCCAGUACAGCUGCAGGGAAGAUGCUUUGCAGUGCAACACAGACAAAAUCUCCUGGAGUUUGAAGAAUUUGGAGCUUGCCUGUUUGUUUUAGGCUUUGAGGCGCUUUGCCAUAUCUUCUCCCGUGCUUCGUGCUGCAGUGAAGACCCCAGGAGCUGGGGAACAGGGAGCUGUGUGUGAAGCAAGGGGAUUUCACCCUCGUGGAGUACGGGGUGCAUCAUGAGUAGGGCUAAUCCCCCUCUUCCUGAUGUGACCUUUCGUGCAGGCUGGUGGAAAGGUGGAGCACCUUUCUCUUUAAUUAAGGAAUAUCUAAGCUGACUCAUGCCUUUACUUGAAGCUGUGGUUGCAUUGGAGCAGGAGCAAUCUCCCGUGGGCCGCCGGAUUUCCCAGGGCUGGGCACAGCAAAGGGCAAGUGAUGGCUGGAGCAGGGCAUGCCUGCAAGCUGUGUGAUGGGAGAGGCGGGAGACAGUGGGGAAGGAGGGCACUGAGUGGGCUGGAGUAUAGCUGGGGGCCAUCUGCAGCCAUGGGAUGAGCUGCAGCCUAAGGGAAAACAAAAUCCUCCCCUACCAGGCAGCAAAAUGGGGAAUUGUCCAUUUGGGCAAUGGGAAAUGCCCUCUACAGUCCCAGCCGUGCCACCGUGACACACACAUCCAUACCCCAGUGGGAAGGAUUUCUGACACAAGCAGCCCUCUCACUUUUAGGUGCCACCAGGAAAUGACCCAGCACAGCAGUGCUGGAAAAACACAGUUAUAAUGCUGUGGUAUAACUCAGCUGCUCAAAUAAACAGUUCCCUGUGUGGGAAAUGAGAGCAGCUUUUAUCCCUUCUAAAGAACCUAAAGAAGGGUUGUUAUUAGAGGCUUCUAUUUUUAAGCACUUCUCUCAGGCACUUCCCGUGAAUUUUUCUUUCCUUCUUCCUGCUCCUUGUUCCUCCUCCAACAAAACCCUCCACCCUUUUCCCACAGCUCCUGGGGUCAUUCUGACCUGACUGGUACAUCUUCAACCCUUUCAGAUCCCAACCCUGACUGCUGUUAACCAUUCACCCGCAGAACGCAGUGCUUUCCACCAGCAUCACUGGCACUGGGCAGGUCCUUGGGCUGCAACCUCGUGUGCUCAAGGCUUUGUGGCACAGCUGCGUUAUGUUGCCUUCAGGACCUGCUCUUGUUCAGGCAACAGCUCCAUCCUAGCAGGAUGUGCUCCGUGUAGGAGGAUCAGCAGCCGCCUUCCGCCCCAAUUAAUGGGGCAGCUGAACACGGUCCUGGCAGCUGCACUGCCGCGGGCCAGGAGGUGCCGCCCUGCCAUGGACGUGUCCAACAUCACGAGGGCCCUCAACGUGAGGCACCCCAGCAGCACCACAUCCGCCCUCUGAGCUGCUCUGCCCCUCAUUCCCAUCCAUGUGGGUGCCGUGCCCGUCCCUCUGCAGGGCUGUACACCCAGCACAUCCGAUGCACAUGGGGCUGGGGCUGCUCCUAGGCUCACAUCUGGACAACCCAUAGUUCUCCAUCUCCCCGUUUGCUGCUGGAGCAAACAGGAGGAGUCCUGGUUUGUCAGCAGGUGGUACUGAGCUUGUACGUAUUCCUGCUGCUCUGCAAGGUGUGCUGAUCCCUGGGGAGGUGCAGAGGCAGAUACAGAGAGAAGGCUGCUGGUGUCUGCUCUGUCUAGGGGGUGCCACCACUGUCACAUUGCUGUCCUUGUGCAGCAGGACCCGAGCAUGAUCCUGGGCUGUAGCAUUCCUGCUUACUGCUCUGGUUUCUCUCGGAGCAAAGUGUGCUCAUUUGGCAGUUAAAAAGCACUGCAGAACAAAGUCAGUCUUACAGGUAGCAAUGCUUUGAUGGAUUCUUUUGCAAGAAGCAAACCAUCCUAUUCUGCUCAUGGGUUUAUUUUGUGGCUGGAAACAACUAUUUUAGUCCAAACCAGAAAGAACUACUCACAUACCCAGAACAUUCAUUUUCCAGUCGAUCUCUGAACGUAUCCAUUUGCUUGAAAUAGACCUUUUUGUGUGUGUAAAGGAACCGAGUCCCCAGUCCAGCCCUUGUAAGCUCAGAGAGCUCCCUGCCAGCGCUGGGGCCGCGCAAGGGAAGGAGGAGUUAAAGGUUUGCAAUGCAGGAGCAGCCAAGCUCCGACCCUCCUUGCAGGCUUAGAUCCUCUCACUCUUCUCUUCUGAUGGCUGGGAAAACCAGCUCCAAAUUCAGAUGCCCCUUUCUAGGCUAGGAUCAGCCUGCACCCGGCUCCCCUGAUUCGCGUUUUGGGAGAAAAGCAAGCGGAGCCGCCCCAGGGACGGGUUGGGCCAAAGCAGGAGCUCCCACAAUGAUGGGGAACACCGUGUUCCUGUCAUUCACCUUCUACAGCACGAUCCUGAUUCUAAAGAUGUAUGUUGUUGCCAUCAUCACGGGACAAGUGAGGCUCAGGAAGAAGGCGUUUGCUAACCCAGAGGAUGCGCUGCGCAAUGGAGGGCUGCAGUACUACCGUGAGGACCCCGAUGUGGAGCGCUGCCGCAGGGCGCAUCGCAACGACAUGGAGAACAUCUUCCCCUUCCUCUUCCUCGGAGCUGUGUACUCUCUGCUGGAGCCCAGUCCUGCAGUGGCCAGGAUCCAUUUCUUCAUCUUCUGUGCAGGACGCAUCAUGCACACCGUGGCCUACCUGCUGAAGCUGAAGGCUCCCACACGAUCCGUGGCAUACAGUGUGGCACAGCUGCCCUGCUUCUCCAUGGCCCUGCAGAUCCUCCUGGCAGCUGCCCCAUAUUGGUAGCACCCAACCGAGCAGAGCACCCAACCCGCCCCAUUCUGCUCACUUCAGCUGUGCCAGUACUGAGAUGUUCCUGGUGGGGAUGUGUGUGGGUGCUGCAGGGACGUGUGGGGUGGCCUUGGUAAGGUCCCUGAGCCUGCUGUUGAAUUUGGGGCAGGGGGAGCAGGCAGGGGAUGCUGAGCAGCUUUCCCUCGUUCCUGUCCUCGAGGAAGGGGUGUCAUCGGAGGAGGAGACAUUUUCUGCAUCAGUGACCCAGCGUGGGAUGGGGAAUGCUGCCCUUGAUCAGCAGCACCGAAUCAGGAGGGAGAAGCCACCAUGGUCCCACAGCUCUGCGAGAACUCUUGGUUGGUGGAUGUGGGUGUUUGCAGAGAGGGAGAAAAGCUUUCGAUCUGGUCCCAGCCUCAGCACGGGAUGCAGCAAGGAGCAGAAAUCACUGCCCUGCAGCAGAGCUGUGUGCCUGCAGCCAUGUGCUGCUGCUGCCUGGAAAUGCUCUUAGAGGCGCUUUCAGUGUGCACCCCAAGCUGUGCCCUGGGAGGAGGGCUCUGCUGUUCUUCUGUGCUGCGUGAGGAUGGCCAACCCUGCUGUGCCACACAGCUGUCCUUAGGGCAGCCCCAUGGAGGGCAGGGCAGGAGGAAGGCUCUGAGGACAAUGCAGAGCUUUGCUAAGAUUGCAGUGAGAAAGCAGAAUGAGCAGAAAAUAAAAUCCCUUUCCACCUGUCUUAAGCACUAAAGCUCUUCCCUUUGCUGUGCUCUCCUUUGGGAUCCUCUCACCAAGAGUAUCAAUGGGAAGAAGGGCAGCUUGGGCAGAUGCUCAGAGCUUCACCCAGCUCACGGAGGGCUCCCAGCCCAGCAGUGGCCAUGGCCUUGGGCUGAGUUCUUUGGGAGGUUUGGAGCACAGAAGUCUGCUCUCCUGGGUGCAGAAGGAGGGCUGCAGGUCCCACAGUUUGCUUUUGGCCACCUCUUGCUCACACAGCCCCAGCUCAGCAGAUGUCUGCAUAAUACCCCUUUCAGCGAGCCCAUGCUGCCUCACACGGUGCACAAGGUCUCCAAACCCCUGCACGUUUCUCUGCUGCUGCAUAUGCAUCCUGGUGGCAGGAAGCAAGUAUUCCCAAUAAAAACAAAUCAUUGUGCUCUGCUACAUCCUUCCUUCGAGAGCUGCCGAUGCAGCUGGGCAGCAGCUGGGGCCGGGUCCAGCUGCAGGGAGUGCUGAGCCCGCAGGGCCAGGAGCGUCCUGCGGCUCCUGGAGAGCUGAGCACCCUUCCCCCAGCCCACCUGCAGCUCUUGGCAUUAUCAGGGCCAAUCCUUUAAAUACAGAGAAGCUGGGGCUUGUAGUGCAGUCAUGCUUGGUUCUCCUGCCUCAAGCAGCUCAAAGUUUGGUAUGCACCCAGAUCUCCUCCAAGCAGGUUUUUGCUAUAAGAUGCUUUUUCCAAGCAAGCUCUCUCUGUGCCUUGCCUGCAUUUCUUCCCAAAGGAGAAGCUUAAAUCCUGGAGGGCUGGAGCUGUUCAGUUAAGGUGUGGUUGCUCUCCUUUCUGUGCUUACAGCUUCCAAAGGAGCUGCCUAUGUUUCUCAUGCUCAGCAGUCCCUUCCUUCUUUAGGAAGCCAACACCUCGCUUCCUUGGUUUCCUCCUAUUUUCUUCAACUGUUGGUAUCUGGGAGGUGCUGCCCUUCUGUUUCUGCAUCUGAAUUAACGGCUGAGAUGGACAAAAUGGUCCCACGUGACAGAUUUUUCUUUCCCUCACUACUACUUGUUUUCCAGUAAGAAAGGCGGUGUCUUUAUAAGAUGGACUCCAUCCAGUACAUGCUGCUGUGUGCAGGGACGUAGCUGUAGGGACUGGGGCUUUGGGGUGGGAAGGAAACUCUAAGAGCCCCCCUCUAACCCCUAUCCAAUGCCUGGGGGUGAUGCCCUGCUCAGGGUAGCUGAGGUUAUGUGCAGAGCUCUGCUUGCUUCUUUCUUUAUUAAAAAA